AUGGGAGUCUCCACUAUGUCUGGGAGGAGAGAGCAAGAAGACUCAGUCCCUCCACCGUAUUCGCUGGUUGCCGACAGUGGACUUGUGGUAGAAUCAGCGAAUGUGCAAGCGGAUGGCCGGAUUGACGUAAACCUCGAGUCCAAGAUUGCGAGAACGCUUGCCAAGAUCAUCGACUUGCAGCAAGAAGACAUCCACAAUCCACCUCCCGAGUAUAUCGACCUUACCCAAGCGGCCUCAUGUGAACUUAACCUCAAUAUCGUCAUUCAAAUUGUGGGAAGUCGUGGGGAUGUGCAACCUUUCAUCGCUCUCGGGAAUGCAUUACGAAAGCACGGCCAUCGUGUCCGAAUUGCAACACACGGUGUCUUUGCAGACUUCGUACACGAGUCAGGAUUAGAGUUCUACCCCAUUGGUGGAGAUCCUUCAGAAUUGAUGGCAUUUAUGGUCAAGAAUCCCGGGUUGAUUCCACAAAUGAAGACACUCCGCGACGGCGAGGUUCAAAGAAAACAAGAUAUGGUAGCGACAAUGCUCGAUGGGUGCUGGAGAUCUUGCAUUGAAGAUGAUCCAAUUACCAAAGAGCCUUUUGUUGCAGAUGCUAUAAUUGCUAAUCCUCCUAGCUUUGCGCACGUUCAUUGUGCACAAGCGUUGGGCAUCCCUGUUCACCUGAUGUUUACGAUGCCGUGGAGCAGUACCAAGGCGUUUCCACAUCCUCUUGCCAAUCUAAACUCCUCUUCUAUGGAUCCUCGGACUGCAAAUUGGGUCUCUUAUGGAGUUGUUGAGUGGCUCACAUGGCAAGGGUUAGGAGAUGUGAUCAAUCGAUGGCGGAUCUCAAUAGAUCUGGAGCCUAUCCCCGCAACGGAGGGGCCCCGCCUUGCCGAAACUUUGAAAAUACCGUACACAUAUUGUUGGUCUCCUGCCCUUGUGCCAAAACCACGCGAUUGGCCAGCUCACAUUGAUGUCUGUGGAUUUUUCUUUAGAGAUCCCCCGUCAUAUUGCCCACCCUCGGAGCUGAGAGAGUUUCUACAAAAUGGCCCAUCUCCUGUCUAUAUUGGCUUCGGUAGUAUCGUGGUUGACGACCCUCAAAAGCUAAUUGACACCAUUGUCCUCGCAGUAGUAAAUACAGGUGUACGUGCAAUUAUUUCAAAGGGUUGGAGUGGGCUAGUCGGAAGUCCAAACCCUAAUAUCUACUAUAUUGACGACUGUCCACAUGAGUGGCUCUUUCAACAUGUCAGUGCAGUAGUUCACCACGGAGGUGCUGGAACGACUGCAUGUGGUCUCAAGAACGGUCGACCAACUGCUAUCGUCCCUUUCUUUGGCGACCAACCUUUCUGGGGCCACAUGAUUGCUAGAGCCGGUGCUGGACCUAAUCCUAUUCCAUUUGCAUCUCUCAACUUUGAGAGAUUGACCGCUGCUAUCCAAUUUUGCCUCACCCCGAAUGCAAGAGAAGCCGCACGCAAGGUAGCAUUCAAAAUGAAGACUGAAUCAGGUGUAACCGCAGCUGUGGAAUCAUUCCAUCGAAAUCUUCCCGUGGAUAAAAUGAGGUGCAAUUUCAUUCCCCAUCAAGUUGCAGCCUGGAGAUACAAAAAGGGAAAAGCCAAUGUGAACCUGUCAAGUGCAGCUGUUCAAAUCCUGAUUGAACAUCAAAAGAUAAACGAAAAACAUCUUCAAUUUCACCUCGUCAAUCCAAUCAUCAUCGAACAUCGUCGCUGGGAUCCCAUAACUGCAACGUUGGCUGCAGCUACUACAACCGGGUCCACUAUGCUGCUCUCGACCGCUGAGAUGAUUUACAACCCAUACAAAGAAUACAAACGCGGUCGUUCUCCAACCCCAUCGGCUGGAGACUCACAAGCCAUGGCCCUGCCUAGUCGGUCAUCUUCGCGAGAACCAUCAUCCACAAGAAUAUCCGCCGCCGACACAAAUUUACAUAAUUGUCAGUUAUCAUCCGUUGAGCCUAUGGGCGAAACUGGUGAUAAAAGAAGAAACGGACUAUAUGUCGCAGGUAGCAUGGCAGGCGCGACGAUGAAAGGAUUUGGUAAAUUCACCGGAUCAUACUUCAAAGGUGUGGUAGUCGACAUUCCACACGCCGCCGCAGAAGGAUUCCGACAGGUCCCCCGUCUGUAUGGGGAAACGCCUAAGGAUUACGGCGUGGUUCAGGAUUGGAAGUCUGGGGCUAUUGUUGGUGGUAGGAAUUUUGUGGACGGCAUGACCGAUGGAUUCAGCGGUCUCUACACACAACCUGUCAACGGGGCAAAAGAGGAAGGCGCCCUCGGUGCUGUGAAGGGCUUUGCCAAGGGUACUAUUGGCCUUGCGGCUAAAGUCCCAUCUGCGGCGAUUGGAUUGGUAGGUUAUCCUUUCCAGGGAAUCGCUAAAAGUAUCGAGGCGGCUUUUCGGUCGCAAAGUCGUAAGGCUGUGGUGAACGCACGGCUGAGGAGUGGGUAUUAUGCUAUCAGCAUGAUGCAAAUGACUGAUGAAGAGCUAAGUGAGAUUCUGCGGUCAUUUGAUAGACUUACGUAG